ACUGAUAUUCCCUUAGUAAAAUGAACCAGAUGUGCAGUUGUGUGCAGGCACGUGUGCGGUGGUAGGCACCAGUAACCAGAGGCAGCAGCAGGGGGCGCUGUUACGUCUCCUUCAGGAGAGACGCGUCCCAGACAAACAAGGCGGCAGCAGAUGGCUCUCCUUUUCUCCUGUCACCGACGGCGAAACAUGUCCAUCUUCCGUUCGUGAAACAUUCAACUUGACACAACUCGAGGGAUUUCUUUUUGUUUUUAAAUCUAAAUAAUAAAAGGAGCUCCACUCGCAUUGCUUCAUGGCUCGUGUUUGAAAACCCUAACAAAACACCUACCGAAAGCGCACCCGAGAGGCCAGAUUUAUGCUGGAACCCCCCAACACGUGUCACCUGAGAUCUUUCCCCACACAGCACAGGUCCGAGCUGUCCAAAGGCUGCAAUGCCCUCUAAAAUGCACAAUGCCAGUCGCAUAGCUCACGCCAGGCGGAUGGUGCAGCAGCUGAGGAUCGAGGCCGGCAUCGAGAGGAUAAAGGUGUCCAAGGCUUCAUCGGACCUGAUGCGCUACUGCGGGGAACAUGCCAAGAACGACCCGCUGCUCAUGGGCCUCGGCGCCUCUGAAAACCCUUUCAAGGACAAGAAGCCAUGCACGGUUUUGUAGAGCCACACCUCAACUCUUGCCUCCUUUUCUUUUCGAUUCUCAUGUGGAAAAUACAUAGAAGUAAUACUCAUCUAAAGGCCAGUGUUACCAACCCUGUCAGCAGAAUUCUUUGAGGAAUUGUACUUUCAUGCAAACCACAGGAAUACGAGUCAACAUUUCUGAAGUAAAAAAAAUGAAUGUCAACCUUGAAUGCCGCUCGCAGAAAACGCACGAUGCCACAUGGUCAACAUUGUGACAUGAUUGUUUAGCAUAAACAAAACUACUUUUUUAUGGUUAAAUAAAAAAAUCAUGGUUUGUUUUGAAAUUAUAACAAAACAACGUCAUGUAACAACUGUAACAAAACUACUGUGUGAACUAUCUCCAGCUGACUUUUUACAAAUAGAACAACGCCCAAACACAUGCAAAAUAAAUGGGACAUUCGACGUAUUCAGUGGUUUACAGAAACCUACAAUUCCAAGAUUUGUUCCUGGCAAAAAAAGGCAGUUACACCAAAGAACAAGCAGGACUUUGAAUCUGAAGCCUGAGAGGAUCUGUGCCAUGGAUUCCAGACUCCCCCAUUUUUACAGCGCACACAAACAAACCCCCUCAACCAUUGGUCCAAUCAGAUUGAGGCUUUAAGCUGUCACGUCUUAGUUACAUCAGGCUUGCUUCCUGAAAGAGAUGUUGUAGGUUAUGUGCUGCUGAUAACGAGUACCCGAGGUAAUGAUAUCCUGUCGGCGGACGCUCAAACCGAGCCGUCCGUCACAUGAAAGCAAAGAGGAAAGAGCGGAGGUCCUCUGAUGAACAGCUCCUGCUUUAUUUUUGUCAUCUAGUCACAACCAUGCUAGUUAUUCAAAAUUGGCCAUUACUUUGUUCUCAUUCAUCCUGUAAACACAGACAGAGCAAUCAAAUUGUCCUUACAAAUUCAAACUUUCCAGAGACAAACCAUUCACUUAAAACGUCAAUUGGAUUGUUAUUUUUAUGAUAUUGAGGAUUGCUUUUGCCAUGCUGGGACAAAGAGUUCACUUAAAGUGUACAUCCAGAAUCUAGGAUAAAUUAACUAAGAAGGUUAAUUAACUUUAACCAUAUAUAUUGUUACGCAAUAUGUCUAUGAACCACGGUAUGUGCUUGCUUUAGCUGUUUAAUGUAUACUUGAUAGAAUUGUAGUCAUUCCGUCAAACCUCAGCCUUGACUUGCUGUUAUGAAAUGUUAUUUUUUUUUUAAAAACUAAACUUUAAAAAGAAAUUUGACUAAUGAUCAGAUGAUUUUUGCUUGUGACUAUGAACUAGUGGCUUUAGGUCUUAAAAAAGUGUAUUUUGUGUACCAAGUACUGUAUGCAUGUAUUAUUUUUGAUUGGUAAAUAGCCAUUUUUCCUAUCACAAAUCAAUAUUUUUAAAUGUUUCAACAAUAGUAAACCUAUAUGUAUACCUUGAAAGUGGUCACUUGUAGUGACAAAUCCAUAAAGUUCUAAGCGGUGAAGUUCUCUUCCUUUUUGAGAGACACAACUCUCUUUAUUUGGUUCACUCUUACCGCCCUGUGCUCCAUUUCUUAAACAGCUUUAAAAAAAUGACUGUGCACAACAUGCUCAAAUUAGCGACUAGCUGGCUAGCAUUGUAGCAUUUGUGUAUCUUGGGUGGAGACCAAAACAGAGCUAAAAGUCCACCGACAAUCUGAAGUUCAUCACAACUCCAAUACCUAUUCAGCUAUAACUACUUGGAAAUGAUUUGCGCUGGUCGUUGAAUAGUCUUUUCCCCUCCUUUGUUGGAUUUACAGGUUGCCAUGUUCAAACAGGACGAGUGUCCCCAAUAUCAGGUCAGGAGCACAAAAACAUUCUCGUUUGCUCUAAUUUCUCAGUGAAGGUUCUAGCCCUGUGCAGUCUGUUGUGCAAUAACAGCUCACAGCAGCCCUCGCUUCCCUUCACCAGUGUCCUCAGGUGUGAUGUUACACCCACAAUUAGGUCAGGCCAUAUUUGUUGGCCCACAUUGACGUUACCCUUUGCUGGGGUCAGAUGCUGGAUAGCGAUGGCUUUGUAGCAGAGAUUGUGUUACCUGUGCAGCGCAGGAGCUCCGGGAAAAGCUGUUAAACUCAGUAUCUCAUGCAUCUCACCUACUUUUAGUGCCCCCCCCCCUUCUACUGUGACAGGAAGAAAUUCUUUCUUGCAAUCAUCAUUUGCACUCAGACACACCCUGCUUUUGUAUUUAUGGUAUUAUUCUUUCAUGUUCCAAGGAGAAAAUUUAAAUGCCACGCUUAAGCUUGUUCCAGUUUGGCUGGUCUCCAACUUCCUUAAAGGAAGACAGCAGCAAAACGUCAGUGUCAUUGAAAGAAAUCAGUUCCGCCACAGACUCUGGGACUCUUAUUAAUGCAGUGGGUUGCAGAUCAGCCGGUUGGUCGGCUGUGCACAUUUGAUCACAUUUGCAAACUGCAGCCUCGGUCAAUUUAACACCAGCCCUCGGG